CCCGCUUCCCGGUGUCAAAAGCGAACCCAGGAAGCGCACUCUUGCACAAGGGAGAGAGAGAGCGCUCUUUCCUCUUUCCUUUCCAGGAGACAUACCGAAAGCAAAGCUGAAAAGACAAAGGCGAAACUCUACUUCGUAUCCAGCACUGCUCUCCACUUUUCUCUUUCUGCUUUUCUACUUCUUUAUUCCUGGUAUUCCAUGGCCGAUUCCCUUGUAUAUAUGCCGUUAGGGAAGAAGGGAGAGAAGCAUUUGUUGUUGUUGUGUUGUGGCCAUGGCGAGCAGCAGUGGCACGAAGCCUCAUGGCGAGGGCCCUGCUCGAAUGCCUUUGAGGAAGGUGACGUGGUCGACAACAAUGGUUGCUGAACCAAAGGAAGAAGUUGGAGGGGGCCUCGACAGUGAGAAUGUCCCCUCCUCUCUUGCUUCCAUUGUCCCCAUUUUGCGUGUUGCCGAUGAGAUCGAGCCCAUCAAUCCACGAGUUGCUUAUCUCUGUCGUUUCCAUGCAUUUGAAAAGGCUCAUUAUGUGGAUCCGAAAUCAAGUGGGCGACAUGUUCGUCAAUUCAAAACUAAUCUUUUGCACAAACUGGAAAAGGACGAAGAGGAAACGAAACCUAUAUUAGCCAAAACCGAUCCAAGGGAAAUACAAAAGUUCUACCAGCAGUUCUAUGAAGAAAAUGUCAAAGAAGGCCCUGUUAAAAGAAAACCCGAGGAAAUGGCAAAAAAUUAUCAGAUUGCAACUGUGCUGUACGAUGUGCUGAGAACUGUGGUUCCUCAUGAGAAGGUUGAUGAUGAGAUAAACAGAUAUGCUAAAGAAGUUGAGCUUAAGAAGGAGCAUUAUGUACAGUACAAUAUUCUUCCGCUUCAUACUUCAGGUGCUACUCAACCAGUCAUGGAACUGCCUGAGAUUAAAGCAGCAGUCAAUGCUUUGCGCAAGAUUGAUAACCUUCCACAGCUUUCACCUAAUGCUCUACGUACGGUUGAUGAUAAGGAGAAGUCAGUCCAUGAUUUGCUUGAGUGGCUUGGGGUAGUCUUUGGAUUUCAGGAUGGGAAUGUGGCAAAUCAGCGUGAGCACCUAAUAUUGCUACUGGCGAAUGUCAGCAUAAGGAAGAGAUCCUCCCAGGAAGAGAAUUUCCAGUUGGAUGGUGCUGCCGUUGGAUAUGUGAAGGACAAGAUAUUCAAAAAUUAUUUGUCAUGGUGUGCAUAUUUGCAUGUUAAACCUAACCUUAAUGUCCCAACUACCCCAGAGAGACAACAGUUGGAACUCAUGUACAUUGCACUCUAUCUUCUCAUUUGGGGGGAAGCGUCAAAUUUACGGUUUAUGCCUGAAUGUCUUUGUUAUGUCUUCCAUAAAAUGGCAGAUGAACUUUAUGGAAUAUUACUUGGUAAAGUAUCUGCCGCCAGUGGGGGUGAUUACAAGCCAGCGUACACAGGAGAAGAGGCAUUUCUGCAUGAAGUCGUGACUCCAAUUUACAAUGUCGUGCGUGAGGAAGCAAAGAAAAGUAAAGGUGGGACUGCUAGCCAUUCAAAAUGGAGAAAUUACGACGAUCUAAAUGAAUACUUUUGGUCAGAUAAAUGUUUCAAAAUUGGAUGGCCAAUGAACCUUGAAUCUGAUUUUUUUGUACAUUCCAGAGAGUUGCAUGCCAAGGAUGAGAGACAUUUUGAUCAAAGAGGUGGAGAAAGGAAGCCCAAGACCAAUUUUGUUGAAGUUCGUACCUUCUUUCACCUGUUUCGAAGUUUUGAUCGAAUGUGGAUAUUCUUUAUAUUGGCUUUCCAGGCUAUGGUGAUCAUUGCAUGGAGCCCUCAAGGCUCAAUUACUGCAUUAAUCAAUGAGGAUGUGUUUAAAAGUGUCUCAAGUAUCUUUAUAACUGCUGCAGUACUCAAUUUCCUGCAAGCAACGUUAGAUAUCAUUCUCAGUUGGAAAGCUUGGGGAAGCAUGGCAUAUUCCCAAAUACUUAGAUAUAUUCUGAAGCUUGUUGUGGCAGCUGCAUGGGUUAUUAUUCUUCCAAUUGGGUAUGCGAGUUCUUGGAAAUACCCGACAGGGCUGGUUAAAUUCUUUAGCAAUUUGUCUGGAAAUUGGCGGAGCCCUUCUUUUUACGUUGUAGCAGUUGUUCUAUAUAUGAUACCGAAUAUAUUGGCUGUCAUAUUGUUUAUGUUUCCACCUAUAAGGAGGGCCAUGGAACAUUCCAAUUGGCGCAUUAUCAUUUUCUUGAUGUGGUGGGCACAGCCAAAGCUUUAUGUGGGAAGAGGCAUGCAUGAAGGCAUAUUUACCCUUCUUAAAUAUACUUUGUUCUGGAUACUCCUCCUUAUCAGCAAGCUUGCUUUCAGUUAUUAUGUUGAGAUAUCACCUCUGAUUCGUCCAACAAAGAUUAUUAUGGACAUGACAAUUGGCAACUAUGAAUGGCAUGAGUUUUUUCCAAAUGUCAAGUAUAAUAUUGGUGUUGUUAUAUCAAUAUGGGCUCCAAUUGUACUGGUAUACUUCAUGGAUGUACAGAUCUGGUAUGCAAUUUUCUCGACUCUAGUUGGAGGCGUUGUCGGAGCCUUUAGCCGCUUGGGAGAGAUACGGACCCUUGGGAUGCUAAGGUCGCGAUUUGAAUCUGUGCCAUUAUAUUUUAGUAAUUGUCUUGUACCAUAUUCCAGAGUGGACAGGAGACAUCAUGACCUGGAUGAAACUGGGGAUCGUAAAAAUGUCGCAAAAUUUUCUCAAGUGUGGAAUGCAUUUAUCAUUUGUUUGCGCAAAGAGGAUCUUAUUAACAACAGGGAGAUGGAUCUGUUGCUUGUACCAUAUUCCUCAGGCGAUAUACCUGUUGUCCAGUGGCCUCCUUUCUUGCUAGCUAGUAAGAUACCCAUAGCACUGGAUAUGGCCAAGGAUUUUAGUGGGAAGGAAGACACAGAGCUAUUUAAAAAGUUCGAUUCUGAUCCUUACAUGCAUUCUGCUGUGAUAGAAUGCUACGAGACAUUGAAGGAUAUACUGUAUCGUCUUGUAGUUGAAGAUGAAGAUGGAAGGGUUAUAAGGCGGAUAUCUGAGGCAGUUGAUACUAGUAUUGUGAAUAGUACUUUUUUGAUUGAUUUUCAGAUGAGUGGACUGCCUGAACUUAGCAAUAAGUUGGAGAAGCUUCUAGUCAAUCUGAAAAGUGAACGAUGGCACAAAGGAGAAUCUGAAGAUUUUGAAAAAUUCAAGGCGCAAACCAUUAAUCUCAUUCAAGACAUUAUGGAGAUAAUUACACGUGACAUAAUGACCAAGGAGCAUGCGGUUAUGGAAGGAGUUGAAACAAGCACAAAACAGAAGUUCACUAUGAUCAACUUUCACCUUACACAAGACAGAGUUUGGAUGGAGAAGGUUUUUAGGCUCCAUUUGCUUCUGACGGUCAAGGAAUCUGCAAUAAAUGUUCCUAUGAAUUUGGAUGCUCGCCGUCGCAUUACAUUUUUUGCUAAUUCUUUAUUUAUGAAGAUGCCAAAAGCACCUCAAGUUCGUAAUAUGUUGUCUUUCAGUGUUUUGACCCCAUAUUAUAAGGAGGAUGUUCUCUAUUCUGAGAAUGAACUUAACAAAGAAAACGAAGAUGGAAUAUCCAUUUUGUUCUAUCUGCAAAAAAUAUACCCUGACGAAUGGAAAAACUUCUUGGAACGCAUAGGAGCAAGUGAUGAUGAUCUUAGUGGUCACAUGGAGCAAGUUUCUCAUUGGGUUUCUUAUCGUGGCCAGACUCUUACUAGAACUGUGAGGGGGAUGAUGUAUUAUAGGCAAGCACUAGAACUUCAAUGCUUCCUUGAUACUGCAGAGGAUCAUGAUCUUGUAGGGAGCUAUAGGUCAGGCAUGCUAGACAUGAAAUAUCAUGCUCAGCAGGCUUUGGUGGAUAAAGCACAGGCUGUGGCUGAUAUAAAGUUCACUUAUGUUGUUUCUUGUCAAGUGUACGGUGUACAGAAGAAAUCUGAGGGUCGAGACCGUAACUGUUACCUGAACAUAUUAAAUCUUAUGUUGAAAUAUCCAUCACUCCGUGUUGCUUACAUAGAUGAGAGAGAAGAAAAAGUGAAUGAAGAAUUAGUCAAAAUAUAUUAUUCUGUUCUUGUUAAAGGAGGAGAGAAGUUAGAUGAGGAGAUAUAUCGUAUCAAGCUACCUGGUCCUCCAACAGUUAUUGGUGAAGGGAAGCCAGAGAACCAAAAUCAUGCCAUAAUAUUCACUCGUGGAGAAGCACUUCAGACCAUAGACAUGAAUCAGGAUAAUUAUUUGGAAGAAGCUUUUAAAAUGAGAAAUGUGCUAGAGGAGUUUCAGAGAACCCGUGGGCGCCAACCUCCAACAAUCUUGGGGCUCAGGGAGCAUAUCUUUACUGGAAGUGUCUCCUCACUUGCAUGGUUUAUGUCCAAUCAAGAGACUAGUUUUGUGACCAUUGGGCAACGUGUAUUGGCAAACCCUCUCAAAGGGCAAGUACAGGUCCAAUAUUACAAGUCGGGCAUGGAACCAAAUGAAAGGAAUGUCAUGAAGGAUGGAUCCAUUAAGCAAGUUAGAUUCCACUAUGGCCAUCCUGAUGUGUUCGAUAGGAUCUUUCAUCUAACCAGAGGUGGUGUCAGCAAAGCUUCAAGAAUCAUUAAUCUGAGUGAAGAUAUAUUUUCAGGAUUCAAUUCGACUUUACGUGGGGGUGUUAUAACCCACCACGAGUAUAUGCAAGUGGGAAAGGGUCGUGAUGUUGGAAUGAAUCAAAUAUCACAAUUUGAGGCAAAGGUGUCUAAUGGAAAUGGUGAACAGACACUUAGCCGUGAUGUUUAUCGUCUGGGCCGCCGCUUCGAUUUCUACAGGAUGUUAUCUUUUUAUGUCACAACAGUUGGCUUCUACUUCAGCAGCAUGGUGACUGUGCUCACUGUCUAUGUUUUCCUCUAUGGGCGUCUGUAUCUGGUACUGAGUGGUCUAGAAAGGGCAAUUUUGGAGGAUGCUAACAUCCAACAACUUAAACUUCUUGAAGCAGCUCUGGCAUCUCAGUCUGUUUUCCAGCUCGGCUUGUUACUUGUUCUUCCAAUGGUGAUGGAGAUCGGACUUGAGAGAGGAUUCCGAACUGCCUUGGGUGAUUUUAUUAUCAUGCAGUUGCAACUAGCUUCUGUUUUCUUCACCUUCCAGCUAGGAACAAAGGCACAUUAUUAUGGGAGGACAAUAUUGCAUGGUGGUGCCAAAUAUAGAGCUACAGGUCGUGGGUUCGUGGUUUUCCAUGCAAAAUUUGGCGACAACUACCGGAUGUACUCUCGCAGUCACUUUGUUAAAGGACUCGAGCUCAUGAUACUGCUGGUUGUGUACCAAGUCUAUGGGCAUACAUACCGUAGCUCAAAUGUUUAUCUUUUCAUCACUCUCUCGAUGUGGUUCUUGGUUGCCUCAUGGCUCUUUGCCCCAUUUCUCUUCAACCCUUCUGGGUUUGAUUGGCAGAAGACUGUGGAUGAUUGGACAGAUUGGAAGCGAUGGAUGGGGAAUCGUGGAGGGAUCGGUAUCCAACCAGAAAGAAGCUGGGAGUCAUGGUGGAAUGAGGAGCAGGCUCAUCUCAGAUACACUGAUAUUCGUGGCCGAGUGCUUGAGAUACUUUUGGCUCUCCGCUUCUUGAUUUAUCAGUAUGGGAUUGUUUACCAUCUCAACAUAGCUCACCACAGCAAAAGCGUACUCGUCUAUGGAUUGUCAUGGUUGGUGAUGGCGACCGUGAUGUUGGUGCUAAAGAUGGUAUCAGUGGGAAGAACAAAGUUUGGUACUGACUUCCAGCUCAUGUUCCGAAUUCUCAAAGGACUACUCUUCAUUGGCUUCGUAUGUGUUCUCACCAUAUUAUUUGUAGUCUGUGGCCUCACUGUAUCAGAUUUAUUUGCUGGCAUUCUGGCUUUUAUGCCUACUGGGUGGGCCUUCAUACUUAUUGGACAAGCCUCUAGGAGUUUGAUGGGGGUUUUAGGACUUUGGGACUCUAUAAAGGAGCUGGCAAGGACUUAUGAGUACGUGAUGGGUAUUAUAGUCUUUGUGCCCAUAGCUGUGCUUGCUUGGUUCCCAUUUGUUUCAGAGUUUCAAACACGCUUGCUUUUCAACCAAGCCUUCAGUAGAGGCCUGCAGAUAUCAAUGAUUCUUGCUGGGAAGGACAUGAGAACUUCUAAAUAAACUAGUUUUUUUUAUUGUAUCGGUCAAUUAAUAGAAAAAUGAAUUGUAUAGGUCUGCCAAGGGGGUAGAUCCCAAAUAACAUUUGACCCUCCGGACUAGUCUUGCUCUAACAUUGGAUGUGGAUGUACUUGUAUUUUAUUUGAAUCCUGUUGUUUCUUUCUCUAUUCUUGGGAUCUUAAUGUUGUCUUAGCAUUGUAUCGGGAUACUGAUUUUGAGCAGUUGACCAGAACCAUGUUUCAAGUGAA